UCUGGUUAUAUAGUGAAGCAGUUUGUGCUUUAACUACAGUGGAAUCUCACAUCUAAAAUCCUACUGGGUGGAACUUCUCAUCGUCUCUUUGCAGUAUAUUUUUUCUUGAUUCUUCCCUAUCAUCAAUCACUUGCUGUAUCCUUGUUUGUGUGCUAUCAACUAGCUACAAAGUCCCAGGAUGGUUGCACAGGGCUUCACAGUGGAUCUAGAUAAAGCUCUUGUCUUCCAGGUUGGCCACCUUGGAGAAGCUUAUCAAGAGUGGGUUCACCAGCCUAUAGUUAACAAGGAAGGACCUCGAUUUUUUGAAAGUGAUUUUUGGGAGUUUCUGACUCGCACAGUUUGGUGGGCGAUUCCAGUCAUUUGGCUCCCAGUUGUAUGCUAUAGUAUCUCAGUAUCAAUCCAGAUGGGCGUUACUGUUCCCGAGGUGGCAUCGAUUGUACUUUUUGGAAUUUUUGUGUGGACAUUGAUGGAAUAUACUCUUCAUCGAUUCCUUUUCCAUAUAAAGACAAAGAGCUAUUGGGGAAACACGGCACAUUAUCUUCUUCAUGGUUGUCAUCACAAGCAUCCCAUGGAUGGCCUACGCCUUGUUUUUCCUCCUGCUGCAACAGCUAUUCUUUGUGUUCCGUUCUGGAAUUUAAUCAAACUCAUGUCGACUCCCUCAACUGCUCCUGCUUUAUUUGGAGGCGGUUUACUGGGCUAUGUCAUGUAUGAUGUAACUCACUACUACUUGCAUCAUGCACAACCAACAAGUGAAGUACCAAGAAAUCUCAAAAGAUAUCAUUUGAAUCAUCAUUUUCGCAUCCAGACCGAAGGUUUUGGUAUCACUUCCUCUUUCUGGGACAACGUGUUUGGAACGCUACCACAAUCUAAAUCAGCCAAGAACCGACAAUUCCUUUCAAAGAGGAGAAUGAGAUUUAUUUGAAAGCAUUUUUUCAUCUGUUGUUACAUUUUUUCUACAUAUUUAUUGGCAAACUUGGAAUAUCAGCUAUGUGUCUGAACGAGUUACAUAACCUACUUGCAAAAACAUUGUGUGCAUCAGUCCAUCUAGGUUGUAUUUAGGUUUAUCAUUGGACUGCAUGUUGGUUGACUUAAUAUAUGUAGCUAAGGUUCUAUUUGUUACAUUUCAUUUCAUUUCAUUUUUCUGGAGUUGUACUCCUUUCCUGUAUUUACCUACUUCCUUCUUUUUAUAAGGGUUGUAUGCAUCGA